AUGUCGCUCGCUACGCCUUCUCGCAGCGUACAGCGCGGCCUCCGUCUGCGUCUAAGUAGCGCAGCCACAGCAUGCCCUCCGAGCAGGUGCUUGGCGAGCUCGCCAGCAGUAAUCGGCUCGAGACAAUUACCCCCAUCCAGUCGGGACUCCUGUCCUCUUGGCGCCAGCCUCAUUCACACCACCUCUACAAGCGCACAGGCCGUCGAGGCCGUCAGCAGGGCAAAAGAUACAGUGAUCGCGAGCUCCAGUUCAUCCGCCGUCGCCGCUUCGGAGCCCCUGUCGGAUACAUUGAUACGCGCCCGUCAGCUGACGAACGCCAGCAAUCCCGUCCUCGCCGCACAAUGGGUCAACAGGCUCGAACAGCUCAGCAGCAAAGCGCGUCACUUCGACGAAGCCGCUGGCCAUGCUGCAUGCCCGACACGCGUCGUGCUUGUCGGCUCGUCGCUCAGUCAGACACGCCAGCUCGUGGCCGCCAUGAUCGACGAGCCCCUCCGCGAAGUAGGCAUCCACCAGGUCAACGAGGCCGAGCUCAUCUCCACGGCGUUAGCCAGCCUUCCUCCUUCCACCGCUUUCACCAUCCGAUACGCGCCCGGCCCAGCUCAGCUCUCCGCAGAUACAGCCAGCCUCGACCGGCACUGGCUUCAGAGUGCGAACCUGCACCUCACCGUUCUCGUCGAUCCAGAGCCUUCUGAAGCCACCUACGAUCUCGUCUACGACUGCGAAGCAGCGUUCUUUAUCACCGAUGACUACGCUCUCAGUCGUUCCGCUCACACGCAACGAUCUUCCUACGCGCACGCCAGUCCGCUGCAUGAUCUUCUCUGCCGCUUUGCUGCCAAGCCCAACGUACGUCUCGUCGUCAACUCGAUCCUGGGCUUGGAUCAUUCCCACAUCGUCGAUGGCCUCGAAGCUGCCACCGGCGCAGCUGUCGGCGCCCUCCUUCUUCCCAAUCUCAUCUCGGUACGCGCAUCUGACGCCUUGGCUGCCAACGCGGCGCUUCGCCAGGCGUUGACCAAGCCCAAUCAGCCCGUGGAGUCAGUCGGCGUGCGCACCGACGCAUCAACGCUCCUCUGGGACGAAUUCAGCCGCCACUUUCAGCGCUCCAACGUCGGCUCGCUCAUCGACGUCGUCCAGUCGCUCGAGUCUCGACAAGGAUGCGAAGCUUUGUUCGCCCAGUCGGCUGCUUUCCUGCUGCAACACUGUCUCGACGAGGCCAUGGCGACUGUCAGGCGCAACCGAGCCUGCCUCUACCAGCUGCACGCCGUCACCGCCGAGGCGUCCGCACGCGAGCAGGCCACUCUCAAGCAGUCGCUCGAACGCAUCUGGCCGCCUGCCACAGCCUACACCGGUCAGCUCGCCAGCGAGGACGUCCACGUGUGGCGUCCCGCCGCUCCUGGCUCGAACAGCGCCGUGGACGUGGCGAUGCGCCAGACGGACGAAUCGAUCGAGGCCACCUUUGAUUCCAAGCUGCAGUGGUGGAAGCUGGUCUGGAAGGUCGACGACCUGCGCAAGGAGCUCGAGGCAACAUGUGCCAACUUUGCCGCCUCGCUCGAGUCGGACCUCGCCUACGAGUCGGGUCGCCUCGCCACGCUGCAGAGCGAGCACGUGCGCGCGGCCGACGAGCUGCUGCACCAGUUCCGUCGCAUUGCGUCCGAGCUUGGACCGGGUAUUCCCGCGGUUACGCGCGACGUGGCGCUGCUCACCAACGAGGCCGAGGCAGGAAGGUCGUCGCUGCGCACCAUUGAGCCAUCGACGCUGAUGGAGCCCAUUGAACGCCGCCGUGCGCAGCUCCUCCAGGUGGGCGGUCCGAUUGACGAGCUGGCCACCAAGUCGCGUCGAUUGGCGGUGACGAGUUCGGCUGCAGUCGCCGUCACUGCAGCAGGUGUAGGCUCGGCCAGCGUGCUCGGAGCAUCGCUAGAUGCCACAGCUGCAUCACUGGCGCUCGAUCCAAGCACAGGUCUGGGGUUGGGACUGCUCACACUCACGCUCGUCGGAUGGAGGAUGCAGGGCCAGUACAACAAGUAUCGCCGCCGUUUUCGCCAGGACUGGCAGCGCUUCUCCGAAGGUCUCGACCAGGAUCUCAAGCGCAACUUUGAGGCCGUGUUGAGGAACAACAUCCUCGGACCCUCGACGCUCGCUUCGCAACGUAUCGCCACCCUCACCCGAGACUGGACAGCUACAGUCAACCACAACGAAUCGCGCGUGAGGUCCGUCGCAGCAUCCACACCCACCUCACUACCCGCAGACGCGCCUCAGCAGCCAAACAACACACUCUAA